AAUAUCCCUCUGCGGGUGAAUCACACAGUUCGAAAUAGCCAGUACGGAAUAAGAAGUAAAACGAAAACGAUUGUCCUCUUUCAUUAACGUUUGAAAGGAAAAAAGCCGAGCAUUGAUAUAUUAAUAUUUAAUAAUCGGUGGCAUUGUUGAUUAAUCGUUCGAAAUGUGUUACGGAGUAUCUGUUUAUGUGAAAGAUUUCGCUUAAAUUGAGGAUAGAAUAUUUCCAUCUCAUCAUUUGGAUUUAUUAUUAUUUCUUGUAAUUAAAUUACGGAUCUGAGCAAAAUGUCUAGGCGAAACCGGCCUGUCACAAAAGAUAUGUACUGGUUUGCCCAUGGUGGCUCAGAAUCGAUGAUGAAUAAAAAUGUUGUUGAAGAAGAAAAUGAAUCAAAUUCUCUUGAUCGUAAAGGCUAUGAAGAUCAGAAAUUGUCAUCUAAAGAUAUCUCCUUAACAGAUGGAAGUAAUUCAUCUGGUCCCCCAUCUCUUGAGCGGGAUGACAGAUUACUACAACACACCACCGAUAAACGAAUGGCAGUUGAAGAGCGAAGAAAACUUCUAUUUGAAGCUGAACAGGAAAGAAAUGAUGCAGUUAUGAGAAAGCACAUGGAACGAGAGGCGGCCCUGGAAGCCCGCCGUAAUGCAAGUCGGAGUACAAUUUCUUUUGCAUUUGGAAGUUCUAUACCGCGUAAUAUCGAUUCUUUACAACCUGUUACUCAUAAUGUUGAAACAGACUGUAUGAGUAGAUCCUUUACUGCUAGUUCAUCACACAGAGCUGAACUUCAUAAUAAUUUCUAUGACAGACGAUCUGUUUCACCUGUUUACUUAGCUGGGCCUUGUUUGGUUAAUGGCAUUUGCCAUCAACCUGACUCUAGACUCUCAACUUAUUCUGAGAAAAUAUCUAAUACUCAGUCAGGCUGCUUAGUGGGUUCUGGUGCUAUCAUUGUCGAAGAUGUCAUGUCCAGAAGUAUGACAGCUUCCAUUUCUGCGCCUAGAGGACGAAGAAAAAACGACUUGAUGCCUACUGUUCCCUACGACCGAGCAGCUGCACCGAGAGUCGCUACCUCUUCUUCCUCCAGAAGAAGAUCUGUAAGCAUGACUCGUCUGGAUCAGUUGGCUCAACCCAGGAAACAUUACGUUGAAGCAACCAAAGCUAAUAGCACCGCUAGUAGCGGAACUUCGAGCUUAUUGAAAGAUGUAUGCUCUCCCAAUCGCCCACUUUCUUCUGCAUCUGAGCAUAGUGGUGGUAGGGUUACUAGUAAUGUGACACGGCGUGUUCGAUCAUCUCCGAGGAAACCAAGGCCUGUUUCCAUUGCUGGUACUAUACCAGAUCAAAAACACACUACUGCUCUUAAAAUGCACGAACUGAAAGGAAGUGCUAUAAAGAAAACUCCAGCUAAGAAAACAGAAGCUGUUGAUUUGAAGAAAACUCCAUCUACCUUCAAAAGUUCUACUCCAAAGUCUGCAGAUAAACCAAAACCAGCACCACGACCCACUACUGCUCCAGUUAAAACUAUUGCCCCAAAGCCAGCGGCUCCGAAACCAACACCUCCUAAGACAGUACCUGCCAAGCCAAAGACUCCCUUGAAUAAAGAAAAAUUAAAUUCUUCUGCUAACUCUACAAAACCAUUGCAUAAUAAAACACCAUCAGGAAGCAAAAAGAAAAGUGAGGCUCAAGUCUCUACAACUAAAAGUGAUGAUGUUAAAAUGGAUAGAAACGAAAAGAGUGGAAGCCCCUUGCCCGAUUCUGAUUCUGGUGUUGAGAGUGAUAAAAACAAUAAACGCAUCAUCUCUGAAGAAGAAGCAAAAGCAGCUUUGGCAGAGAAACGCAGAUUGGCCAGAGAGCAAGCUGAACGAGAAGCUGAGUUGGAACGACAAAGACAAGAAGAGUUGAGAAGGCAGGAAGAAGAGCGUUUGCGAAAAGAGGAAGAAGAGCAACGCAAAAUGGAAGAAGAAUCUAUGAGACUUCUUGAGGAGCAUCGUCGACAGGAAGAGGAGAAAUUAAGAAAAGCAAUUGAAGACCAGGAACAGAAAAAAGAGGAGGAGAGAGCUAGACAAGAAGAAGAAUUGCGUUUGAAAGCAGAACAAGAUCGGAAAGCUAAAGAAGAAUCUGAAAAGCUUAGACUUGAAAUGGAAGAGAAGCUUCGGCGUGAAGAGGAAGAAAGAGCAGAGAGAAAGAAAAGGCUUGAAAAAAUCAUGAGUCGAACAAGAGGCAAAUCAAGUGGUACAUCUCCUUCUGGCAGUGUAAGUGGAAGCGAUCACAUGGAUUCUGUCGAAAAUCAACAAGAAGGAUUCUCUAGUGGUGCCAACUCAUUAGAAAGCAACGAAGGUGCAAACUCGCCAAGUGAACCAGUUUCAUCUGACGAUGCUAUGGCUAAAAUGGAAGUUUCUUCGAGUGGUGGAAAUUCUCUGGAGGCCAAUCUCACUUAUGAGUUCAGCAGUAAUGAUGUGUCAUUAAAUAGUAAUGAUUUGAUGCUUCCUGCUAGCGAGGCUGCUUCCCGAGAAAACAGCAUGGUUAUUGUUUCCAAUAAGGAAACUUCACAUCACGAAUCAGCUGAGAAUGAAGAGUCUAGUAGUGCAAUAACACCUGUAAAUAUUUCUGGAGAAGCUGAAUCAAAUAGUGAUCAGCUUACAAGUGAAACCAAGGACAAAGUUGAUUCAUCUGCAUUUGAAGAAGAGAAACUUGGUUCACAAAUUGAUAGUAUGGUCUCUCAACAAUCUGAAGAAGCUGAGAUUUCAGCAACUAAAGAAAUUUUGACGGAAGAUAUUAAAUUUGAGCAAAAGUCGUCAGAGUUUGAGGAAAAUAAACAGCCAUUUGACGAUGAGUUUGUGAAGGAGCAGUUUGUAACAUCUGAUUUCGUUAAAAAUGAAAAUAUCAUGUUGGACACAGAGGCUCUUGAACAGAAAGAUGAAAUAAACCUCUUAACUGGACAUGAUGAUCUGGUCACGAUUCCACAAUCUCAUGGAUAUUCAGCUGAUAUUACUGCCGAGAUCGAAGAAAGUAAUUUCAAUCAUGCUUAUGGAAAUGUUCCAGAAAUUACUUCACCAGCUGAGGUCCAAGUAAUUCCAUCUGACCAUCAAAUUGAAGUAAACUCAAAAGAUCAAGAUGACUUUGUGUCACCUGCUACUUUUGAAUCUAAUCUUAAUCAAUCAUUUGAGGCAAACCAAAAUCCAUUUUUCGAUCCUUCAGUUCAAGGCCAGAUUCUUGAUUCAGAUGAUAAGCGUGAAAAUCAAGACUUCGUUGAACAACCGCGUGAGAUUGGAGAAAAUCUCAUAAUUUCAAGUCAAACAAGCGUAUUUUCAGAAGAGAAAGAAAUGGCUGGGCAUGGCCAUGAAAUUUUGAGUGGUGAUGAACUGUCAACUGCAAUGGAACAUGCGCAAGAGAAUGUUUUCAGUACUUCAUCUGGAAAUCAAGAUUCAACCUUUGAUGAUGGAGAGGCAGCUCAUAGUGAAAACUUACAUUCCACAUUUUCGCAAAGCUUCGUUGGUGUGGAAGAUGCAAGUGAAGCAUUUAAAACUGCAGCUGGCAUGAAUGGGUCUGUAGAUAAUCCCUUUGAUAAUGAUUUUGGGGGAGCAGGAGAUGCAAAUAAGGCAUUUGAAACUGCAGCUGGCAUGAAUGGGUCUGUAGAUAAUCCCUUUGGUGGUGCAGGAGAUGCUAGUAAAGCAUUCGAGCAAACUGCAGCCGAUGUGAAUGUAUCUGUGGAUAACCCUUUUGUUAAUAAUUUUGGUGGUGCAGGAGAUGCAACUGAAGCAUUUAAAUUUGAGGAAACUGCAGCAGAUGUGACUGUUUCUGUAGAUAAUCCUUUUGUUAGUAAUUAUAUUCCCAAUGAGACUGAACAAAAUAUAUUUUCUUCCCAAUUAGGUGAGAUUGACUCAAAAGCGUCUCCAUUACUGGACGGUUUUGAGGAUCAAAAUGUAGAUAAAUCCUCCAAACUUCAUCUUCAAGAUGAAUUAGAAAAUGUAACGCUUAUAAAACAGGAAGGUAGUGAAAAAUAUGUUGGAAUUAUCUCAUCCAUUGACAAUGAUCAUUUCUCCAAUAAUUUUUCUAAAUUAAAUGAACACUUAACUAAUAAUUUAGAAUGUGCCUCAACGACAGACAGUGAAGACAGUUCCUUAGAUAGUAAUUUAUCACAAGUGGUAGCACCUGAAGACAGUGAAAAGGACACUGACAUUAAUAACCACACUAAUUCAGACCACCUAACUAGUAGCAAUAAUACAGACAAUCCAUUCAUGACACAGAACCAUCAAAGUAGCAUUCCACAAUCGGGUGUUGGUCACUAUUCAGAAUUUGAAGUCUACAGUAAUGGUCACAGUACGGAGUCUUCCAAAUUGGUAGCAGAUUAUGGCAACAGCAUUCUAAGUGUUGAAAACAACAUCUUUGAAAAUGUUGGAGCCAUAGACAAGAUUUCCUCUGAUCCCUUUCUCGGUAAAGGCAGCUCUAAUCAGAUUUCUGGGAAUCCCUUCCUCAUGCAAGAAGAACAGAAACCUAAAGUUCUAAUGACUUCAGAUUUCUUGAACUGAAGUCUUCGCUAAGUUGGUUUUGUCAAUCCCCUUGUGUAUUUAAAAAAAAAAAAAAGCUUUUCCCAUAUUUUCUAGAUUUUGUAGAAUAAAGACUUUCGAUGUUCUGUUCUUUGAGUGUACAUUUUACCAAAGCUUUUCUUUUGCUUCUAUUCUUGUUUGUUCAUAUUAUAUAGUCUUUUUUAUUGAAUUUUCUCGGGGCUGUAAAGCCACAAUGUGAUAAAAAUAUUUUUAUAUGUCUGUAUAGAAAAAAAAAAUAUUGUUCCUUUUUUUUUCUCCCAAAAAUUGUAGAAAACUCUAUUGCAUAUUAUAAAGAAAUUAAAUUUUUGUAUACUAUAUUAAUUUUAAUUGGCAUUCGGCUUAAACAAGGAAUGUUUUUUAUAAUUGUGUAUUUUUUUAAAGUUUGCUCUUCUCAAUUUCUGUGUCUUAUAUAGUAUUAAUUUAAUAUGUUUAAUAAUUUGUUUUUAUUUGUGAUUUAAAAUUUUUUAAUAAUUUUACUAGUCAAUUUAAUUAUCAAAAUUUAUCUCAGUCUGUUAUUUUUUUUAUAGAAUGAUCAAUAUGUUUUUUUGAAAAUUUUCAGAAUUCUUAAACUAAAAUGCUUUAACAAUUUAAUAAAAUAGAAUUUUUUUUUAACUCAUUAGAUUUUUUAAGUGUUUUUUCUUUUAAAGUGUUGCUUACUGUGUAAGUUAUAACUUAAAAAGCUCAAUGUCUGAACAUGACAUAUUGCUUGUUUAUGUUACUGUUUCCUAUUUAUAUUUAUCUUAUAUUUCAUCUUCAGUAUUUGAAAUACAUACUGGUGCAGCUCAUGAAAAUCCAAAAUUUGCUUUGUGUAGGUUAUAUUUAAAUUUGUAUUUUCUCUCUCAUAAAGAACAUUAUUGUGUCAAUAUUAUCACCAUCCAUGUUAUUUUGGCUGGUAUGAUAUGUUCUGUGAAUAAAGUAAAUAAUUUACAUUUAA